UAAAGAAAACACGCGCAAGAGUUUGACGAUCUGAUACAGAAGAAACAAUUUUGUCGGAAAAUUCUGUCUUUGUCGGAGGGAAGAUCCGUGCAUUCCAUAUCGGAAAAGUGUGUCGUUAUUCUGCUGUUCGGCGUCGGGUUGAUCCAUUUGGAUACUUGGAAAGAUGGAUCCUAACCAGCCACCAGUUGAAAACUAUGCGAACCCGAAGACGUGUCUCUUCCAUGUUCUCUUCAAGGGUGCUGCGUUGGCGUUUUACAUCCUCUCGGCUCUCUUCUUCAACAGCUUUGUUAUAAUCUUUGUGGUGACUGUUCUUCUUGCGGCACUUGACUUCUGGGUGGUUAAGAAUGUGAGUGGGCGUAUACUGGUUGGUCUCAGGUGGUGGAACGAGAUCAAUGACUUGGGUGAAAGUGUGUGGAAGUUUGAGUCUCUUGACCAGGAGUCCUUGGCUCGGAUGAACAAGAAAGACUCGUGGCUUUUCUGGUGGACGCUUUACCUUGCAGCAGCCGCGUGGUUAGUCCUUGGGAUAUUUUCACUGAUAAGGUUUCAGGCCGACUAUCUGCUUGUUGUCGGUGUUUGCUUGUCCCUCAACGUGGCUAAUAUCAUCGGUUUCACAAAGUGCAAGAAAGAUGCAAAGAAACAGUUUCAGCAGUUUGCCUCACAGACAAUCGCAUCACGGUUCCAAUCCACAGUACAAUCUGCCUUCACCCUUGUCUGAAAAGAAGAAAAGGUCAUAGUGAGAGCAAAGACAGUGUACAAAAGAAGAUUCGCCAUAAGCCACACCAUGUUUUUUUUGACUGAUUCGUUUUCUCAAUAUACUAUUUUGUAAGGGAUUAAGAAAGAGAUUUAUUAUAUUAUGUCUUCUUACAUGUAUUAUCAUUUUCGACUUACCCUGUUUAAGAUACUUCUUGAGGUUGUAAAACAUUUUCAAAAGAUCUCGAUGUAGCUUUCACUUUAGCUUGCUAA